GAAGAAGCAAACACCCCGGGAAAUUUCUUGUUCCGGUUGGGAAUUUUGACGUGCUUCCCACAUCGGCUACAUCACAUUUCAAGGAUAACAACAAAAACUAACGUGGCCAGUUUUUCAAAAUGUCUAACACGAAGCUCCAGCUGUUUCGGAGUUUCCUCACUGAGCGGCUUACGGCUGUGGCUGUGGAGAUAUUUGGAGAAGUAGAGAGUAUGGUGGAGGGAUACUGCGAGGAAAACAGACGUCUGCAGGAUUUACUGAACAUGGUGCUCAGCCCCGAGCUAAAGUUACACAGGAUAGACCACGUUAAACAGGCAACAGCAGCUGCAGCUGUCCAUGAACAACCAUCUGAGCAGAUUGCUGAUCUGGACCUGGUGAAGCCAGAACCAUGGUUUUCAAAAAUCAAAGAGGAGCAGAUUGAAUAUGAGACUAGCCCGGGAGAACAACCGCCUCAAGGGUUUGAGGGAGCUGAGGCUUUGAACUUCGACACAGCAGUCUUGGUGAAAACAGACACUGAAGAAGACUUAAAUUCGCAUCACACCUCAAAUCCAUUCAACAUUCAAGUUGUGGAGUUCAAAAGUGAAUCCUCAUCGUCCACUAUCACAGCUGAUGAAGAGGAUGCUGAAAGUGGAAGUGAGUCCUAUGAAGACAUGGAGGCAUCCACUGAUGAUCUGCCUCUGUCCGGAGGAAGUCACGAUAGAUGUUCGAACUGUUCAGGGUGUGACGAAUGUGGGGAAAAUUCGAAGAAAAAGAAGGUGAAGAGACCUCUGCAGAAGACCAUGCUCGAGUUUCCAAGGAUGAUGCACCACAAAUCCUUCUCUGGUAAACUGACUGACUGCAGGCCUUUUUUGUCAAGGCUCUCAGAUGCCUUCAGUGACAUCCCUGAUGACAAAAAACCUCUUAUAGCCAAGAUGGGCCUGAGUGAGAAUGUGGAGAUGGUUGAUUGCGCUUUUGGUAAAGUUCCUAAAGGCUGCCCCCUGUCCUACCAGUGCCCUGUCCCGUCAAGUAGAGAUUACAGUCCCCAUUGGGAUGCCCCCCCUCUUCCAUCGCUUCCCCUGGCUGCUCACAAACUAGAGCCAGUAGCGGCGCUCCCAGCCCUCACUGCCAGGGAGCAGGAACACCUGAAUGCCCUCCAGACCUCAUGGGACGCAGCGUACGCUCUUGAACUUAGCACCCGCGAGGUCAAGGAGUCAGUGGAGGAACUGCGGAGGGCGCGCUUGACUGACCGUUUCAGGGAAAUCUGCCACCUUAAACCAGGAACGAGUCACGUGGAGCACCUGAUAUUCAAGAUGCAGAAAGGAACUAAGGAUCAAGAUAAAGAUAAGGACCAGAUGCUCGAAGCUCUCCGGGAAUACUGCAAGCAAGUGUUUGUCAACUGGUCGCCCUGUGGCUUGGUUGUCCAUCCAGACGCUCCAUGGCUGGCGGCAGUGCCUGAUGGCCUGGUGUACGACCCCUCUGAGACCCACAACUAUGGCCUGGUGCAUGUCAGAUGCCCCCAAAUCCGGAGCUUUGUCAACAGCCAGUUUCUGGAUUUCCAACGGGGAGCCUUGGAGCUGAGGAAGAACCAUGCUUACUACUGGCAGAUACAAGGGGAGAUGAUGGUAACGGGCACUGACUGGUGCGAUCUGGUAGUGUACACACAGGAAGACAUACUGGUUCAGCGUGUCUACCGAAACACGGCCAUGAUAAAGCCCAUGAAGGAAAAGUUGGACCGCUUCUUCUUCCAUUACUACCUGCCAAGUUUGACCUCUGUCUGAUUUCAUGGCGUGGAUGUUGCAGGAUUGCUGUUCUGUUCUGUAUGUUGUUCACAUCAGGCAGGUAUUUCACAAAGCAGGGUUAGAAAGUUAGCCAGAUAAUUGAAAAUGAAAUGUUAUAUUCUGGCAACAGUGCUUUGAAUAUAUAACACAAAUUUUGAAUGAUAGGCUUAGCAACAGGAAUUGGUGAUACAUGCUGAUGAUUACUCAUAAUAGAUAAAAUUUCAGAAGCUAUAUUUCCUUACACUUUUCAAAAUUAGCUGGCUAACUUGCUAAUCCCGCUUUGUGAAAUACCUGCCUUUAGGUAGUGUUUAUGUGAUUUAUCUGUAUUUUUUCCUCACUGGGGAAAUAAUCAGAUCUAAGAUCUUCAAACCUAUAUUUUUAGUUUCUGUGAUAUGUUCUGCUUUAUUUCUACUCUCUAAAGAUGCUGUUUAAGUGUUCAUCCUCACGUGAGAGGGAAAGUGAUGUGUUGAGUUAAGUUUUUUUUUUUUUUUGGCCUGUGCUGGACUUGACAUGAUUGUAAGUCAACACAAAUGUUAAAUUUCAAGGCACUGUCAGAGUAUAAGCAGCGUGUAAAUCCAGCAAAUUAUGCUCUCAGUUAUUUAAACAGGUUUGAACAAUGUCCUGAAAUAAAUUCACGUUUUAUGGCUGUGCUUCCUCCAUUUCAUAAACCUUGAGAGGUCAGGGAUAAGUUAUUAGACAUGUAGAAGUGAGUGAUAAAUAUCAGGGUAGAAGUUAUAAUCUGAG